AAGCAAAGAAUCUGCCAACAAUAAGACAAUAGAAAACACCACACUUCUAGGAGUUAAAGGAAGAAACAUGCCUGUAGAUUCGAGCGAGAAAGUGUCGAUGAACGGUAUUUCAACACCCUCACAGUCAGAAUCCGGAGGAGAAAGUGUUAAAGAAGAAGCAACAACAACACUCGCCAGUAUACCAUCUGUUCAAAAGCCGGAGAUGCAACAAAACCAGGAAACCAACAGUCAGCAGGAUUCCGAAGACAGCCGAAUGACGAUGGACGACGAAAGCCAGUCCAGCCACUCUUCUGGGAACGACCAGAACUCGAGCGCCAGUCAGAACUCGUACGCGUGCAAGUGGGAACAGUGCGACCAAAGCGUAGCUAGUAGUAGCGACUUAGCGGACCAUUUAUCGAACGUGCACGCGCGUGAGGAAGGGGAGAAGGUGGUGUGUCUGUGGCAGGGUUGCCGUGUGUAUAACAUGCCGGCGCGCAGCAGGGGCUGGUUAAGCAGGCAUGUGUUACAGCACAGCGGAGACCGGCCCUUCAAGUGUAUGAUCGAGGGAUGCCGCGCAGCCUUCGCCUCUCAGGGAGGACUCGCCCGCCACGUGCCUACUCACUUCGUCGAGCCCAACACCCCGAAAUCGACGCCAAACAAGAAGGACGAGAGCCCGAGCAAGAGCACCAAGCGGAAGAAGACACGGUUUCGCCGCCGCGGCUCCAUCGUGCGGACGGAGGACUUCUUCGACACGCGGAUCAUGGACAUGAUACGACAGAAGCUGGUGACGUUCAACAUGAUGACGUACGUGGACACGGUGGGGCGCGGGCAGAACGUGGUGUUCCGUAGUCAGGUACUGGGGAGGCGGGUGGAGCCGAGCGGACAGGUCAAGCUGCUGCUACGGUGGAUCCCGGAGAACGUCCUCCCGGACGUGUGGGUGGACGAGACAGAACUCCCCGCUCACCAAGCCAAACUGGUGCCGCUCACAUCACUACCAGCAGAGGCCCUCAUCAGCCUGGACUCCUCUCUUUACAGAAACAUCUCUUAUGCAAAUUUCAGGAAAUAAGAUAGGAGAGAGAGACUAUGUGCCGAUUUUCCAGGUUUUCUAACAAUAUGUCCGAACACAAGGCAGCUCAAAUUUCCACAAAAGAUACAGAUAAAAACAAAAGGUGCUGUUUUACUAGGUUUGCAAUGAUGAGAAUUUCUACUCUUGUUUGUAAAUGGUUUCUACAAUCUAUCUGGUGUAUAUUUUUAUUCAGGGUAUUUUUGUUACUUGACAAAUUCUGUAUUUCUUCUCCUAUGUUAAAUGUUUGACAUUACGUGGUGGAAGUGCUUACUACUUAAGCUUUUUGUUACAAGACUCCUUUCUUUAUAUUCACAACAGACAAGUGAAAGACUUAUAUAGAGCUGUGUACUGUACCUAAACAAGUACUAGUAGCCAAAUCAUAAUGUACUCUAAUUAUUUUUACAAGUAGUAAAUUGUCUUUGUAUGAACUUGAAGUUUUGCAUAUUUUAAAAACAAGAAGGUGUUCUGAUUUUCAGGUGCUUAAUUGUCAACAUUGCCAUCUUUAUGAUGAAAUUUACCUAUUUCUAGUAAAAAAAAUGGUAUCCUGAAGCAUUUAUUUUGUUCAGGUACAUGUACACCAGAUGUUCAGCUCUCGAUCUGUACCUAGAUUUUUUUACAGGUACAUGUACAGGUACAGGUAUGGGUAUUAGGUACACAGCCCUAGAAAGACAUAUUUUGUAAAAAAGA